AGGAUUAACUUGAGUAUGGCUCAACGCUAGCCCUGUCUGCAGUCGCGUUGGAGUUUUUUAAAUGAGCUAACAGCCCGGAAAGAGCUCAAACAGUUCUAUCUCUGCUUGGAAAGUCAACAUCGGCAUCAUCUGCAAAUCUAGGUACCGGUGCCAGCCAUGAGCAGCCACGCCAGUCUCACAGAGUCAGAGUUUUCUGAGGACGAGCAGGAGGGGAGUCUGCUUGGUUUGGACCAUGAAGAGGAGGAUAGCGGCAGCGAUGUCAGCGAGGCUGGCUGUAAGAAGUCCUAUUUGAAGAGAAAGGGGAGCUGUCCGGACACAAAAAGACGUGGCCGCCCUGUCCGCUCUAAGGCCCGACGUGUGGCCGCCAACGUUCGCGAGCGCAAACGCAUCCUGGACUACAACCAGUCAUUCAACGCUCUGCGCAUGGCUCUCAAACACGACCUCGGUGGCAAGCGGUUGUCCAAGAUUGCCACUCUGAAACGCGCCAUUCAUCGUAUCUCUGCACUGACCAUUUUCCUGCACUCCCAUCCCAGCACCAGCACCUUGCCCAGAGGACAGCCCCCCUGCACCCACCCGGAGUGCCUCGGAGGGCAGCCAUCAGCUGGGGUUGGGGAGACCAGGCUGGAAGUCUGGAAGGACAGGGAGAAAGACGGGAGCUCUGAGACCGCGGCGGAGACCUUUCUGCAGCAUCAGUCUCAACGCCACCAGCCGUCCCAGCCAGAUCCAAAGGCUCCCCCCGCUCUUCCUCCAGGGAUUCAGCUCUACACAGACGUCCCUGGAGAAGGACAUCCCAGCCCCUUGUACCUGCCUUCUCCAGCCUACACCCCCUUCUCCUCCACUGAGAACCAGCUGUACACACCCUCCCAGCCUCACGAGGAGUUAAGCAGCCCCAUGUAUUGCAGCAGCAGCGAGUGGAGCGGGGGGUCAGAGUACCCGUUUGGAGUGAGGGCCACCUGUCACCCAAACCACACCGACAGCCUCUCAGUCUCCUGUCCUGCCGCGCCCUUCAAGUGGCAGCUGGGUUACCUUCAAGGAUCAGCCGGUUACCAAGCUUCCCUUACCAUGCACUGAAUCUGACUGACCCCCAAGGCAGGACGGUCAUUUCUUUCAUGUCAAACAAAGGGGAGCUGGGAAUGUCUGCAUGGAAUGGCAAUGGAUUUCAUAGCAAUCUCCUACGUUUAUUUGAACCAAAUGACAAGUCUUGAUGAAAUGAGAGGUUUUACACCGGACUUAUUUUCUCUGAAUAGGAAUGUGUUUUAACAUUUCAGAAUGUGUUUUGAAGAUGUGCUAAAUGUAGUUACUGAAAUAGCUAUUAUAUACUGUAUUUCUGUAUCCCUAAGAUAUACAUGUUUACCUGAAAGAUACGUUUUCUCAAUGGGAGACUUACUGUGGCUCUUUCUCCUGCAGCACAAUCCCCAGAAAAAGCAACUUGUAGUAAUGAUUAUAGA